AUGGCCGAAUCAUCGCAGCGCACUCGGUGUCGGGUGGCCACAACGUGUGUGCAAACGUCUCUGAGUCCGCCUCGGAAGCACUUCCUCGGCCGCUCGCCUCGAUCAAGGGAGGCUAUCAUCCUAGAAGCAAGACCCUCGUCUUGCACCAUCCUUGGUACCAUCCUUGGUACGAGAUUUGUCACUGCGGACAGCCUAAAAAAAAAAGAACCGUUGCCUGUGUUCCUUGCAGCAUUGUCCACACGGCCGCCUACAGCGUGUUCUCGUUUCCGUGCAGGGGCAAGACUUCGUUACCUGGCAAACUCGUGUCGUCCUGUCCCCCCCCCUCCUACCACUCUCCCCCCCAAGAGGGCAAACCCUGAGAGAUCUCUUCGAGCGGGGUCAGUCAUAGACCCAACAACCGUCAAGAUUUCAAACCCACUCAGUAUCAAAGAAAUCAUCUCUCCGCCCGAGAACUCGGGCACCGAUGAGUACACUUAUCAGCUAGUAUCAGAGGUCUACACAACCAACAAGCGGAAAUACUCGGCCACCCUCUCAGCCCAGCCCAAGCCGCCAGAGCCCGUCCGUCCAGCAUUACCGGACUCCAUCUCUCGCCCUCGCGUGGCGAUACCGAGGCUCAAGCCCAGAACGCCCUUGAGGUCCGCCCGCCCUGAGCCAGCUGGAUGUGGUCAGGCUCCCCAGAGGACAUCCAAGGGGCCAGAGCCUCCUCCUCCUCCGCCUGCUGAGCCUGCGUUACCAGACGAGGCUCAACGCUCGAUCCCGCCGCCCAGCUCAAACGCAGACAAGGCACCUCCGCCAUCUGGCGACAUUCGACCGCGGGCUAGCAAAGAAGGAUCGGACCAGGAAGCUGCUGCAGCCGUGGCACCGGAGGUCUCACGGUCGGAAAGGUCGGAAAGGUCAGAGUCUACUGAUGAUUAUGACUGCCAGUCUGCCGAGUCUGCCGUGAUGGGCAAGCGAGCCGGCAAGAACCAGCCGCCGCUGCGCUCCAGCGUUGCGUGUCUGCGGUGCCGCAGGUCCAAGAUCAAGUGCACGAACGAAGGCCAGGGCGCGCCGUGCCAUACCUGCAUCAGGUCGGGCGCCAGCUGUCUCUACCCGGACGCCCAGAGCAAGAUCAGCAAGCGGGAUGGCCCGGCGGCCAUUGCGGAAAGAGUCGAGGAGGAACAGCGGCGGGCCAAGUUGAUCCACCGCGGCGUCCUCGAGGGGAGGAGGCAGAAGAGGAAACUCGGUGAAGAGGCCCGGUCUGACAAUUAUGAGACUGCCUCCAAGUUUGCCAAUACAGUUCUCAGCGCGGGCUUCCUCAGCGAGCAAAUCUGGAAUGAGGUGUUUGAGAUUUAUCGUUUGCAUUUCGCGACCGAGCUUCCCUUCAUACACAUGCCGACACUGAGGGAACGCAUCGCUCACAAGGGCAGCGAUCAAGAAGAGCCGGGCAAGUCGACCGAGAACCUGAAUCUCGUCCUUCUAGGGAUCCUGACCCUGACUGCUCGGUUCCACAAGAACAUGGUCAGCUAUGUGGUACAUUUUGCCAGCUCCAUGGAGCAGAAGGGAAGGCUGCAGGACAUCAACCCGAAACGGGAUCCGGAUGCGGCUUCUGAGUUCUAUGCGGAUGUCCUCAUGAGAGCUCUUGGUCCCCUGAGGACGAGCAUGGCGGUAGCAUCGGUGGAGAGGGUUCAAGCCUUUCUCAUGCUCGGACUCUACGAAUGGGGUAGAGCUCGGCCGAAUAAGGGCGGUCUCGGAGCUUGGAUGUAUGUCGGGGUGGCUAUCAGGAUGGCUCAGGCUCUAGGCCUCUGUUUUGAGGGCAUGGAACCGCAGGGGGCAAACUCGGGGGCGGGAAGGCUUCCGCCAGCCCAGAGCCCUGCGACGCAAUCAGAGCUGGUAGUGCGGCGAGAGGUCAAGCGGCGAACCAUGUUCAGCUGCCUUAUUUUGGACCGUAUGCUGGCGUGUGGCAAGGAGAGGGUGUCUACGAUACGGUCGGAAGACCUGCACAUAAAACUCCCUUGCUCCGAGCUCUCGUUUGACAUGGCGGAGGAAAGUCGCACCGGGUUCCUCAGAUUCGGUCCCGCCCACUGGAGGGCCGGAGAUUAUCAAGAAAGCCUCCUCUCGAGGUUCAUACGACUGGUCGAUCUCUGGGGCGAGAUCUCAACGUACAGCUUCUCGGGCGGUCGCCUGCAGGACCACCAGAACCCGCCGUGGGAGGAGUCGCAGUUUCGAAGGCUGCGCCUGCGGCUGCAGGAGUUUCUCCAGACUCUCGCGCGCCCGUUCACGUUCUCAAGGACCAACUACCACAAGCAUGUGAGCCAGCAUGCGUCUGGCACCUACGUCGCCUUGCACAUGCUCAGCGCCGUCUGUCAGAUCAUGCUCCACCGAGAGUACAUCCCUUUCAUCCCCAUGCAGUGCCCGGGCCCGGUCGGCCCUCUCGACGAGCCGAAAUUCCGCGAAGAACAGCCCGGCUUCUGGAGAGAGAGCGCCGAGCAAGUGUUCAAGGCGGCCCGGCAGAUUGUGGAGUUGAUCGACGUGUGCAAACCGGGCGACCGGCUCCCCAUGUCUUCGCUGAACCUCUUCGCGAUCUGGACCGCCGCCUUCGUCGGCAUCUACGCUUGGCAUUUCCCACACAUGGACACAGAGCACCACAUGCUGAGCCGGGUCAUAACUCCCGAUGCCGAUAUCACACAGUCCGGUCCCACCUCGGUCGCCCUCGACGCGAUGAAGACCCUCGCCACGACGCUGAACAUGGCCUCGACGUAUGUGGCCUACUUCAAGGACAUGGACAGCUACUACACGAGAGUCAAGCACGACUACCAACAGCACUUAUCCGAGACGCGUCGCGGCGCAGGAAACCUCGGGCCGCUGUCCAGGCGGGACACAUCCGGAGGUCUGGAGGAGUGGAAACGCAGAAACGGCAAGGUUGUGAACAACGGCACGAUCCUGGGCGAGGACGAGGACGAGGAGGCUUCCAACGGCACGCCGAACGGAGUCACGCUGGACGAUGCCAUGCAGGCAGAAGGCGGAGGACCCUCCCGAACGGAGCCGGGACUGACGUCCGACGGAGGAUCCUCCGUCUCCGCCUCGGCCGUCCACUCCGCAACGUUCCCGACCGGGUCUACGGUCCACUCACCUCCGGACGCCAUGGAAGCAGAUGCCGACCGAUCUCUCGGGUGGGCGCGGCAGGCGCAGCUGGACCGCGAGCGCGAGAUGCGCCAGGCGUUUCUCUCCCAGCAGCAACAGUCCCAGCAGCAGCCGCAGCAGCCACAGCAGCCGCAGCCGCAGCCGCAGCCGCAAGUGUCCCCCGUGGGUGGCGGGGGCGGCAUGGACCAGCCGCGGCAGCUGCCGUUCAACCAGACCUACAACUCGGUGGACGCGUCGCUCUGCUCGCCGGGCGGCGUCAUGGGCUACGUCAACAUGCACCAGGCGAUGCGGUGGGAGGAGAUGACGAGCGGCCUCGAGGUCUUCUCGCACGCCGACGCCAUGGGUCCCGGCAUGUGGACCGUCGCGGCCCGGGCGGGCUGGUCGUACGACCAGCCGCAGCCGCAGGCGAUGACUGGUAUAUCGUACUACGCGCCGCAUUUUUGA